AGUGCCAGAAAUUUAAUUAUUCUCCUUGCUAUAAGAAAAAAAGAGAAAGAACGAGAGAGAAAGCAAACCUUUUUUUAUUCUUUUUUAAUUAUUUGAAAAGGGAGUACAAAAGAUGAAAAUAUUGAUCCUCUAUUGUGUGCUAUUUACUAUGGGUGUGCUAACAAGACCUACAAAGCGAGAAGAUGAAACCGAUCGAGCUGCAGAAGCACAACCUUUUGGUGUAUUUCGUUCUUUUGCUCUUCCUGACCUGUUUGGAUUUUUACCUGCUCAUCCAUUUGGUGGCCCUUAUCCUCCCACACAACCUCGUCCCGGUGCUCCACCAGAUCCUGGGUUGGCACCCAUAUUCGGUAUCUAUACUGCUUUGAUGGAAAAGACACCCGCUGUACCUGAUGCAACAAUGCUAACUGGGGUUUUCUCGGGUGGUGACGGUAAAGAAGCAUAA